AUGUCGUCAAACUCAACCUGCGACCUCUAUUGGGACAGCUAUGUCCGAGUGGAUUACAAUGACACCUGCGGCUUUGACUUCCCUGCUCCACCACAUGAUAUUGACAUUGGCAAGUUCUGGGCCUCGGUCAUUCUCUCCGUGUUCGGGGCCCUAUUCAAUCUUUGGGCAUUAAUCCUCCUCAUAGUUGACUACAAUGCUCCGCGUAGCGUCGACAGACGACUAGCAAACUCGCAGAUGGUAAGCGCUCCUGGACACUCCAGACCAAAUGUCAGCAGGAGUAAAAAGCGGAGCACAAUGCAUGCCGGCCUAAUAGUGUUCUGUCUCUUUGAAGUCUUCUAUCAUGCCACCCAGGCCAGUGGUGAGAGCAUUCGCCUCUACUCCUGGUUGCGUAUCAAGAGGAAGGCAUUGUCAGUUCCAGUAGCGUCCUCCCUGCCGCCUGAAUUUUCUCUGUUACCGAUCACUGGAUCGGUGUUUGACUGCCUCCGCGACGCUGGUAUCUGCUGUCGCAACUGGGCCAUCACUCUGAUAACCAUCGCCCGAGCCGAAGUAGUGGUGUGGCCGCUAGCUUCGCAGUUCUACCAGCGUUGCCUACGAAAGAAACGCAUUUUUCUGACUGCGAUCAGCUUAAUUACAGUGCUAUCGUUCUUACUGGGUGCACUUCGUCGUCUGGACACAACACUCGAGGUGUGUUAUAGCAGCAGCCUCAGGUCCUACUGCACAACAGAAAAGCCCUUUCUAAUGGACCUGGCGGAGAUGACCAGUUUUUAUUUCACUUAUCAGACCCUUCUGCCGUGGAUUCUCAUCUUCAUUUUCACCAGCCUAAUCAUCUUUAAGUUAAAGCCCUGGAAGAAGUCCUCGGAAAAUUUCAUUCAUCGACACAAUCCAGAAGUUAUUAAAAAGGGCAAAACACACGAUAGUCAUGUUCGCGCAUCCAUAGCGGUGACCGUGCUGGCGGCUUUUUUUACAAUUUUCGAGCUACCGUCGUUUGUUCUCUGCAUCUACUUCCUGGCUGUGGACCCCUUUGCUGAUCUGACCAAUUGGACGACGGCGGCAAACAUUUUUCUCCAGCUUGACUCCAUCGCCAACUUCUUUCUCCUCAUCCUCACAAUGCCCUCACUUAGGCGACAGAUUAGACAUGGGACAGGACGCUCGUCCGGCCGACCCACAAUGUCACAAUCAGACGGUAUUAAACUUGGCGAAACUGAGGUAAUCUCAGGCAUUUAAUAACGUCCACAAAGCACUCACUGUCCGAUUGUAUAGGAAUUCCAGUCCGCACCCUCCCCACCCUUGUCAUACAAGCUAACACGCUUUGAACUCUAUUUUAGAUUUUUGUAAAAAAACGUCUUUUGCCGCGGGAGCCUUUAUCGUUACUUGUUGGUCCAGUUAUUGCUUGUUUUAAUAAUGUGUAUUGACAUUUUUACGUCUGAAAUGAGGCUCUACUAAGGCACAGUAUAAAGAAAAUUUUAAAAACUGCACUUUAUCAUUUGAAUGUUUUCCUGAAAGGCGUGAAUAACAUAAUCUUACUUUUACCAACGUGAUCUCUAAAGCACGAAACCUUGCUGUUCAACUGGCCGGGGUGCAAGCUCAGUAGUUAGCAGGAAAACCAUAAGUACCAAUCACAGUGAUGGACUCGUAGAUAACGGUCACAGUAUCGAAUUUUUGGAUUAGCCACGAUCUGCUAGCAUCUCUACUGAAAGCAUAAUUAGUGAAAACUUUUUCUUCAAUGCAAAAACAUGUAGUGGGAAAAUAUUCUAAUGAAAAUGUGCAUUUUGGCAGGCUGAAAGAAAGCAGAAAGAAUAUUGAUAAUGGCACAUAUAAACAAAUGUCUAAGGAACCAUCAAACUAUUCGGUAUCUAAAGAAAGACCGACUUGGCAUUAUAUUUAUAACCUGCGACAAACAACUGAGAUGAAACAGUAUAUAUCGUACCGCAUACACAUCACGCAUAUCAAAUACAAAUACUGAUCGACUACUAGACAGGACACUUGCUGUUACCCGGAUUCUCGAUGUCGUAUCCAUCAAGUUCGGUUACGAGCGUUCUCUUUUGAUAGUAUGCCACUAAUACGAACAGGUCGAGCAUUGUCAACUUUUUCAAUUUCCCCAAGAAAUGAUGUGCGAAUUCGCAAUAUGCACAAAAAUCAUAAUCUAUGUGGCCCACUUAGCGCGAUGGAGUACGCAGCGCUAGUGUCAGCUAUGAUUUAAAAACCUUUCUAUCAAAUUGAAAAUUCGUAAAAGAGCUUCUAAGAACAUUAUAUUAUAUAUUUGAAACAAAUAACAACAUAAACGUUCCUGAAAAUCGCAUGUCUUAAUGAAAGGUUUGCUUUAACGCCCCCUCCAAAAAAACCAUACUUUAGGUCUUGAAAGUGUCAAAUGGAUUUUUACAUCUCUACAAUCACUUGCAUAUAAUCGGGGCAAUUCCAGAAAGAAAUCAGGAUUUCCCAAUAACGCACUUAGAUUUUUUGUUUUUGUUUUGAUUUUGCGAGACUUUAUCCUCCCACUGAGAAUAAUGUCAUAUCUGGGAAUUGAAAACCACUAGCUAUUAUCAAAAUGUCUUUUCAUUCUUGAAGUCCUCUGCGUAAUAUACUUAUAAUCUACAAGCGUUCCUCUGGUUUACUAAGCGUGACCGAACUCUUCGAACUCUGGCAACAUCAGGAACUGCGUCUUCAAUUACAAUGUCCACUUAAGGGUUUAUCUUUCAUCUCUCCCUAACGUCAUCAGGAUGCGUUACUGGUUGCAGCUUCACUGUGCAUGAUAGUCUUCAAGCGUGCUACCAGGCUGAACUGCCAUACAGACAAUAUUAACGUCAAGGUACUUUAUUAGUCUAGAAGGCAUAAAGAAUUUCCGGACGUCAUACUACUAUAACAGAAAUCACAAAGGCUUUUACUUAUGAAUUUUCUGACGUCCUUUUCGGUCAAUUAAAAUCUCAUUAUUAUUAAUGUGUCACUCCCCCCCCGAAUUCUCUAUGCAAAUAACAGCGGUUUUCAUUAAUCUGUUCAAUAUUGAUAGUGACGUUAUUCUGAUUAGUAAGAACUACAAAAACUGGCAAAACAUAGAGAUGCAGCAUACGUACCCUCCAUGAUUCCAAGUCAUUUCACGAAUGAAGGAGACAUUUCUAGUUCCGGGUUUAUGUAUAAGUGAAGAAGAAUUGUCGAGCACCGGAACACUCCAUUAAUUUUCCUGAGCUUUCGGACUCGUGUAGGAGUCCAUCGUCACAGGUAGUGGAAGCAUUAGAACAGGCGACAGUUGUAGGGCAUGUAGGCCGAACACUGACCGACGGCGUAAGAGUGCAGGCGACUGCGCAGGGUUCUCUACGCCGGCGCCAGAUCGAUGAAUCGUUUGAACGAGUUCGCAUCCUGCCUCUACGGUCGCCAACAGAUGACUCGAACACCGACACCACCGAUGAUACGGCAUUCUUUGUCAUACAUCAAGGACGCAUUUAUGCGGCGCUUGGUGCUGGAAUUGCACCACCGCCCCAUAACCACCAUGCGCAAUAGGGCAAUGAGAAUUAUAGGCAGGUUAAAGCCCGAAGAGCAAUCUGGAGUAGUGUAUCGUAUUCCGUGUCAAAACUGUCCUUGUAAGUACACAGGGCAGACUGGGUGCAUGCUCGGAUCGCGCGUACACGAUAAUAAGCUGGCUGUACGACGAGACGACGGAUUAUCACAAGGGGCCACCCACACCUACGAACUGUCUCACGAGUUUAACUUUUCAGCCACCAAAAUAGUCGUCCACUUCGGAAACUAAACAGACAGAGAAUUGAUCGAAGCCUGGGCCUUGAAUGAGAACUCGGCCAAUCGAUUUAUCAAUCUGCCGCCGGCGUACGGAGUCCUGCGUAGUCACCUCCAGUCUUACGCCGCCGGUCGAUGAUUGGCCUACAUGUCCUAUAACUGUUUCUUGUCCUGUCGCUGCUACCACCUCCAAAGAUGGACUCCUGCACGAGUCUGAAAGCUCAGGACAAUAAACGAAAUGUUCCGGUGCUCGAUCCUUCUUCUUAACUUAUACAAGUCCUUCGUUAAAAAAACACCAGUGUUUCCAUAGUCUGUGUGAGACUCACGCAAUCAUACGCCAUGAAUUCAACCGAUCGAUGGCCCAUUUAAGUAACAACAUUUUAAACAAGUUUGCUUUCAACGCUAAUAGCAUCUAUUUAAGGCCAGCGUGGCAGAGUAACUGUGCCAAAACGUUUUAACUUAUAAACAAAAAACUCUGCAAGUUUGACAGCGAACUGAGGCCGAAACGACGAUGAGUUCGCUUCCCGAAUUCCAUCGUGCUAGGCAGGAUAAUGUUAUAUCGAAUGUGGAUGUUAAAAGCUGCUAAAGCUUUAAUUUAGCGCAGCGUUGACAAAAUAGUUUUGCGCAGGAACUAUGGCCCCUGUGCUCCAAAAAACGGUAGAAUUCGGCCUUAAUUUGACUGGCUGAAUAGUUCUGCAUUUUACUUACGAACUAUAUAUUCUAGACCAAAGAACAUAAAAAUAUGUCCAUGCACGUAUAAUUUGUCUACACGUUAUUUUUGCUGAGAAGUUGUAUGGCACAAGUAAAAACAAAAAGUAUGAAAGUGUCGCUCAUCGCAUCUUUUAAAUACUGCAUGGAACGAAUGUAGAAUCAAGGCUCAGCUAGUUAUAAAAAUGUUUAGUGCCUAUCAGUACUUUACUCGCGGAACAAAACAUUACAUUAAGGUCGACAGUUUACUUUAUGUUUCCCAACUGAAUGCGGUUUGCAGAAGAGUUGCAAUCACGAAUGCCUAUGAGACUUGUCAGUGAUUUUGCACGCAACCUACCCUAUAUAGGCAGGGGCUUUCUACUCCCGAAGUGUGUGACUUUAUCCUUAUUUACUUCAAUUGGUUGCCAGCGCUAAAAAGGCGUCAUGUAACAAACGUGCUGGAACAUUUAUUUUCAAAUCAGUGCCCAAACAUUUCGUGCAGAUCGCCAAUAUGAAAAAAAAUACAAUUAUUCUUUAGAAGUUGCACCUAGAGGAAGAAAUACCAAACUGCUUAAAAUAUGCAUUUUUGCCUAUGCGCAAGUUUUUUUAAAUGCGCAGUGCGAAUUGUGCUUCUUGUCUUCUCAUAAUAGCAUACUCGAAAUUAUGCAGGCUUUUCUAAUUAACAUCUAAAUUUCGUAGCAUGUGAAGAAUGGUUUCUGACAGCCUCUACACUGAUAACCAUCAUGCUGCCAUGAUAAAACUAAUUUAUAUGCUCCCCGUCAAUUACUACUGUAAGCAUAAGUAAAUAGGGAUUUGCCUUGUAAGCCCUCAAUAACGGUCCGCUAAAUUUUUCAUGUAUGUUAACUGCGUUUUGCAAAAUGACAGUAGUAUUGGUAAAGUCAUGGCAGUUCAAAUGAACGCUCUUCUUUCUAUCUGCAUAGUCCUUUCUAAAAAUACGUCACGAAGCACCCUUUCUAGCCUCUAAUUUUGCCAAAUAGUUGCCCUUAUUUAUGCGAAAGCACAGGAGAUAUCGAAAAACUUCGCAGUUGCUUGCAGUGAUCCCUGUAGUAUUUAAUUGAAGUUCCGGACUUCGGGCAAACCGAUGCAUUCUGCGUGUUUUUGUGUUUGCGAGAUUUGUGCGGCAUGUCGGAUGCAUAGGAACAUUUUCCGAAUCCCAGCAAUGGAACGAAACCUGCUUCCCCACGCAUGCCAGUUAGGCGUUGCCAAAAAUAUGCAUCUAUCUCCCCCUCUCUUUGCCCACGUCACAUGUAGAGGCCUUGACUUGUUCCGCUGCGUGUCAGGCUGGAGCCGCUUUUGUGCUUCGAGCGUCACUAAUUAAAAUACUUUCGUUUUGAUUAAUGCCCCUAUUAUAGGUUUACAGUAGUGGCUGCUUUCGAAGCAAGAGGGGGUAAGAAAAGCUGCCCUGAAAUUAAGACUCUUGAUUGUACUUCAUAGCUGUAUUUUUCCGCUCGAAACGUUUUAAACAAUUACUGCGUAAGUUAUUGUUAAUUUGACUGGCUACCGAAAUUUAUGGUAUUUCUGAAAGGUAGGCGUACCACAUACUACACUAUCGAGAUCGUUGCUCAUAUGCACAUUUAAUAAUUUGUGCUAAUGAUGCGAGAGUGCUACCAAGAUACACAGCCUGAUAAUAUUUAUUUUUUGCUAAAAUGAUCUGUGGUAGUCUGUUUUAUGCACACAUCUUCGCAUUUCUCUUGUAGAAUGUCAAAGAUCUCAGGAUGGCAGACUCAUGGUUUGUUUAA